AUGGCUGAUAGACUUGAAGCAUUUAUAGACGUCGCUGAUCUCAGUUCCACAACGUUGAAUUCUUUCACCAGAAGUGAUUUUCAAACCAUGGAAACCUUUUUGGUACAAUUAUCUGGGGGUGUUUUGCCGUAUAUCGACGAUGCUGGCAUCACAGGUGGAUUAUCUACACCUGAUUCAACUGCAUUCGAUGUAGGACUAACAUUGGGUAGUGACAUGUUACCUUCAGAUUCGGUCAUGUAUCCUACAUUGGGAUACCCGAGUGAUGCUGUUCAUACGCCAGAGAGUUUACACGAAGAUGAUGAGACACCGAUUGUGCCAAGCACUCAUAUGACUAAUGUUACAAUCAAUCCAAAUGAUCUUGAUGACAAGACAUAUUUGAAUGGUCUGAUGAGCCCACCUGAAGAGACCCACGAGUAUGUGCCACAGGGACUUGAUGAACCGAAUUUCAAUACGAUAUAUCCAACAAUGGCAAGCAUUGUAUUCGACACUUCGGCUCCGGCCGCUUCGAGCUCUGAAACGAUUCGAAUUAUGAAAAUGCCAAACCCAACAGUCGUGACAGAUGCUUAUAUGAAUUACUCUGUUACUGACAUAACACAAGUACAAUGUUCCAAUCCAUCAUCAAGAUCGGAAGCAAAGAAAAUUAUUACACCAACUCCUAAACGUGGUGGAUUUACCGGACUCGAUGGCAAAGAUAAAAAAUCGAUUGCCUCGCCUGAUAUUAGCGAUAGAACAAACUCCAAGUUUGUUAGCGUUACAAAAAUUGACGAUAAAAAGGGUGACGUCGAUGCGUUGAGUUCAAAGAUUGCGAAAUUGAAUUUGGAAGACAAGAAGAGCAGCCAUGAAAGGAAAUUGGAUGCAGAGAUGAGAAAGAAGCAUGCUGCUUUGAUUUAUGCGCUAUAUCAAAAGAUCCACAAAUUGUAUAUUGAAAUGGAGGAGAAGGAGAAGAUUGCGGUGAAUAAGGAAGAAACCCGAGCAAGAGAUUUUGUCGUUGUUGAAUGA